UUGCAAAGGAGAUUUUAGCCGACACAUUCCCAGUCCAGGGGGAUGGUCACCGAAUCCAAGCACCAUCCCUGGUUUUUCCUUUUGUGUUGACCCUAGUAGAAAGAGAAGAAUGUUUAAGAAAAAUCUUAAGUGGGCUAGUGAGUCAGAUUUACUUAUUUUUAGACAACCUAAAGGUUUGCUUUCUACCAAUUUCUUGUCUUCUACCUUACCAUUACAACAACCAAGAUCUCUGCCCCCUUUGCCUGUCAGUUCAGCCUCUUUUGCCACUCAGACUUCAAAGGAAAGUCCUAUAGUCAUACGACACAUUCACGAGUUUAAAUUGUCUCCGUCCCCUACGAAUGAAGAUAGCGGAUGCUGCCGCACUUCACCCAGCAGUUGUGAAGGCUGUGAUGAUAAUGGUUGUGUGGAAGAUCACUCACCAGACUAUGUUGGGACCUUGGAUUCCGGCGUCUCUGGAGUUUUUUCCAAUACUUUAGAAUCUGGGCUGUCGGGAGUGUACCGCUGCCUCAGCCCAGUGAUUCCUUCUAUAGUAGAAGAGUGCACCACUCAUCAUAUGAGUGAUAUUAUUCCAGCUUUAGGUGGUCAGAGAAGUAACUCACCCCCUGUAAUGCAUCAUUCACACCCAGCGCACACUUCUUGUCUCCAUUGCUGUUUCCAGAAUAGUUCUCAGGAUAUGAGCAAAGAGAUGGGGAGCUGUGGAGGACCAAAUGUCCGUGUGUCGUCUCCAUGUCCACCCAGACCUCACACAGUGUGUUCGUACAGUCCUCCUUAUAAAUAUAAUCAUACAACUUCUUUAUCGACGACACCCAUUCCAAGCAUUCACGUAUCCCCGUCUCUUUCUCCCCUUCCCAACUCCCCAAAUGUUUCUCUUGCAUUCUGCCUCCCAUCAACGGUUGUGGAAGUGUCGACCAUACAGGCCAGCCCUGGAGUGCUGAGCUGUAGUAAGACCCCGGAGAGCUUAAUGACUAUGUGUUCAUUGCCACCUGCGUCUGCAACCUCCCUCACUUCUCUCACAUAUGUAACGAGUCCAACUUCUGCUUCUCUGUCUCAAGCUCGAAAGACUUGCCCAGCAUAUUCUCGACCAUUGAUUCCACCAGAUUCCCCUACCCCGCAUAACUCGCCACGCCUUCCUAAUAGCAUAAACGCCACUCGUAGCAGAGCUACCAAGUCUCCGCCCUUUGUUAAUGCCCUGGUAACAGAAACAGUUCCAGACCCAGUAGACUUGCCUGUUACAAAGACAGUCCUCGUCAAUAAUUCAGUUAGCAGUAGUAAGGAUUUUACAAAGCUAGAAAAGGCUCCACCAAACCAAGAAAAGAGUAGUCUUGUGGAUGUCACCACAAUAAGUUCCCCUACUACUGAUAAAAUACCUGAGCAGAAUAGUAAGGUUCAAAAGGAGAGCAACUCAUCUAACCCUGCCAAUACAUCUGUUCCAAUCUCAGGUAGAACUAAGUUAGAGCCACAUAAACCUCUGCAUCUCAACAUGAAGUUACCUGCUAUGCUUAGGAAGACGUAUGUUCAGGAUAGCGAGAAAAAAGAUGACCCCGCAAAAGUAGUACCAUCACCUUUGCUUUUGCAACCUCCCCAGUCAACACCAACAAAGUUUAGGAAUGAGGAAAAGGUUCAACCUUUAACAAAGAAUUCAAAGAACACAGAUGAGAAAGGAGAGACUGGUGCAAUAGGAACUGCUAAUGUGUGUAAUGGAAGUAGCAUUAGUAAACCCCUCGUUAAUGGUUAUAAGAGUGAUGUACCAUAUUCUCAAUAUCCUCGCAAGUACAGUCCAUUAUGGAGAGCAAACACUCCCUUGCUUUCAUCAGCUUCAAAUACCAGUAAUCCCUCUAACAAUAAUUCCUCUCUAACUAAUGGUAUAUAUCCCUCUAGUAGUUUAUCACUUUCCAAUUAUACGUAUUCCAUUAGCAAUGCCUCCUCUCCUGCUUCUUUUUCUCCCAUUGUUAAUAAGGAUGAUUACACGCAGAAAAGCAGCAAGAAGAGCUCUCCAAUUAUUUCAAAGAAUGGGAAAGAAAAUUCUUUGCAAUCAAAGGGUAACAAUCAUGUCAAAUUCAGAGAUCCAGUUGUGAGUGAAGCAUUUCAGAGAAGUCAAGACCCUGUUCCAAGCCAUUAUUCCCCAGCCUCACCAAGAGAGCGUAUGUUAUCACCUACACCUAAAGUUCCUUUGAAUAAGAGUGAAUCACCUGCCAAUGCAAAAAAGAACCAGAAUGGAGUCACUCUCAUGAGUGACACACUCUUCACCCACUUUGUUGUUACCAAUUCACUACCUGGUAGAUUAGAAAGAGAUGUUGCUUCUGCUACGGACACUGAUACAGAUUUGGAAACUCUUGAACGUAGACUAACGUUGGGUAUGUAUGCCGCUCCCCUUGUUAGCUCAGAAUCAUGUACAUCAUUUAGUCCUGAUGAUGGAGAUGAAGAUCCAUCUGCAACAGAAUAUUGCACAGACACUGAGGAGUAUAAUCCUCAUCAGUAUAAAGCAUUUUCUGAAGAAAAUAGUUCUGCCAGUUGCGGUACCCAGGCAUUACUGUUGAGUAAGGCACGCAAUAAGAGACGCAAUCCAAAAUUCCUGAAUGUCAAAGGGCUUGAUGCUGCAGCUCUUGUCAACACAUAUAGCUUUUUUCGGAAACAAAGCAAAACAAAGAAACAAAGAAAGAAUUCAUUCAAGGAGCUAACACCAACUUCAGUUAAUGGUGGUGCUAUUGUUAAACCAAAAAAUAAAACUGCAAAACACAUGGUAGCAGAAACCUUUAAUGCUAUGUUUACAUUGUGCACCCCGUGAUCUGUACAAGGUAUAGAAGUGAUAAUACCACUUUACUAUUACAUUCUGUUAUGGAGCAUAGAUUUCCUUUAAAAGGAAAGUAUGCUUCCCUCUAGCAAAUAAUAAUAAUUUUUCAAAACUUAAAUUUAAAUUAUUAUGUAAGCUGAACAAAUAUGGAAGUUAUCUCCACAAAUUGUUUUUCAGUUUUGUGGCAUUGACAUGUGGCUGCUUUUUUUUUUUUUUAAGAAAUCUUCCUAAAUGCUUCUCCAUUUUCUUUUUCUCUAGUCAGACUAUUUAUUCUUCUCGAUAGCAGCUCUUACAGUUGUUGAAGUAAUAGCCAUUUCCUUUAUCUGAUAACUUAUGCAUUAUUUAGUGAAUCAUGAAACUUUAAACGCAUUUAGUAAGCCUAGCUUACUAGCGCCCACAAAGCUAGUCAUAAAUGGUGUGUUUUAACCCCUGAGCCAUUUGGUGCUCAUGUGCAUUUAAUUAGUAAGUAUGUAAAGCUUCAGGACUGUGCCAAACAUAGGUUAACUGUUCUGCUUGUUUUGCACCUGAGGUAUAAUAAGUACUUAAGGAAGCAUCAUUCAAAUAUGCCCUUCAAGGGAACUUACUUCUGCAAGAAUUGCACCUCGUGUUCAUUUUGUGAUGCGACAUCAUAUCUUUAGUAUUUACAUUGCAACUUGUGAGAGAUGGAAGAACUCUUUCAGUUGCCACUAACUUAACUAAUUUUACUUGUGUUGUAAGUCAGAUUUAAUGUCCUGUAUCAUGGAACUUACAAAUGGAAAGCCAAGUGAAGUGAGUUCAGUGGGGUUUUUUUAUAAGUAUGUAGUAAACAGAAGGUUUUCUUAUCGAAAUCUAUUCUCCGUAUUCUCCGUAAGCCAUUGUUGUAAUUAUUGUAUUCCCCUAAACUUUUGCUGUGCAAAAUUAUUCCAUAAUUACUGAACAAAUCUUCCUAAAAUGACUAUUCAUUAGAGCCAUUUUUAUGAAUAAGUGUAAAUGUUCAGUGCAAGUAAGUUCUUUUGAAAUUUGUAUGAUGUCACUGAUGCAAUACUUUGGCCUCAAUUUAGGUGUGUAUAGCUUUGCAGGAUGUAAUCGUUAGUGAUAAGAGUAGUUUUUGUGCAAUUAUACAUAGACCUCUCAGCUUUGAAUGAGCUUGUCACAUAGUGCUUUCAGUACAGUUGCAAUGUACAUCAUUGAUUGUUCAGUGUAUUAAGUUUAUGCUUUUCAGUUUCUCAUUAACAAAUGGUUGAUAAUGUAUUAUCAAUGAUAUAUAUAUGACUGUUAUUCUAAGGUACAGUGAUGUGUCUUAAUCGUAUCUUGGUUGUAUAAUCAGUUCACUCAUUUUUCUUCGUAAAAUUGCUUUGAUUCAGUGAGCAUUUGAGUAUGUUGCUCAGCUCCAGAUAUUCAAGUCACUAACUUAUAUUUAAAAAUACUUAACAAUUUGCCAUCCUUGUUUGUGCAUGCAGUGAUUAUUGAUUUCUAGGCAAAUGACCCUGUUUGAUAAUGAUGGAUGCACAAGCUAGUAAAUUCAAAAAUUUUUAUAGUCUUUUAAAUUAACUACUAAUAGUCAAUUCAAGACACAUUGUCCGUAUAAAUAUUGUACAGGUACAGUAGUUCAUACAAUAGGUUUUAGUUAUUUGCACAUUGUCAAUUCACCCUCGUUGAUCUCACUCCAUUUUUACUAAACUAUUUAAUCAGGUACAUUCAUAUAUUUCAAGUUUGAAUUUGUUUCCAUUAAGCACAAACCGAUGUAAAAAUUAGAAGCUAUAAAAUACUUUGAAUACCAAUUAACGCAGACAUAUAGAGAGCCGGAAUUUGAUUUUCACUAUAGCAUUCUUUACUUCAGAUUAUUACGUGGAAGUAACUAAAACCUGUUUGUUGCAAAUGAAAAUUUUUAUUUUGCUGUCGCUAAUUUUUUUUUUUACCGUUAUUUUUGUACUAUUGAAGUAAUAGUUUAUUUGGUCAAAUUUGGCUCUCUCCUUUGAAGUUCAUUGUCAGCUAUAGCACAUUGGCUGUUCCCUCAUUCCAAGAUUUUUCAUUUAAGAAAUAGGUAAGUCGCUAGGAAAAAAUAAUUUAGCACUGUUUUCGGUGAAUUAUUGGUAGACUGUGAUAAUUGUAAUACCGUAACAAUGAACUCUUUUAAUAGUUAAGAGUCAUGUUUGCUCAAGAAAUAAUCCUUGCAAUGAGUACCUUGAGUGAUAUCCGAUGAGAAUUAGGCAAGAAUGUUAGAAUUCAGUGUACAGUAUUUCCAGAAAAAUGUAGCUUUAGUAUAGUAUAGCUUUCAUUAGGUUUUGUAAAUUAUCUUCGUAUAAUCAUCGUGUAUUUAUGACUCUCGAUAUUGGAUGAGUAAUGCUCUGAUGUAAAAAGACACAGUGAAGGAUCAUAAAAUGCUACAAAUUCAUUUUAUCGUGAAUGGUCACAAAGUGCUACCAUGAUGAUGUGGGCUUCAAAGAAGAGAGGGUAAUCAUGAUUUUUGUUUUCAUCGGUACCAUGCUUUUAAUUAAGAGACAAUUGUGUGCUUUUGAUAUUUUUAUCAUUUUGUGUUUGCAUGACUUUCAGUUACCGCAUGUGAACUGCAAACUACCCCUUACUUUAUCUACCAGCACUUUUAUUAAUUAUGUUAAUUUAUAUUCCUGUACCUAUUUUCAAAUCAUAUUUUAAUCUUUAUUCAUAUAAUCUUGUCCCACUGAAAAGUUUUAAAAAUUUAACAUAUAUAACUUAAAUUCGUAUCAUAACUAGAUUGAGGGCUCUUGAGGAAUCAUUUUCAGCAGUUAGAGACUGUCAUUAGAAUGAGGUAGAUAAAACAGUGAUAUUCCUGUCAGUGCAAAUAAUCUAUUUAGUUUCUUUAAUUAAAAGUGUGGUUUUAUUAGUAACAAUUCAUUGUAUGCUAUGCAGUGCCGAACUCUCGUACCGCUUAUGGUAUUUUGCCGUAUGUUUUUCAAAUCUUAUUGUCCAAAUUUUUGUUUGUAAUCAGCUUUUGUUUUUGAAAAGAUCUUGAUCUGAAAACCACCUUAAAGUGUUCAGCAAGAUUUUCCUUUUAACUUCGCUGUUGUGCACUUUGCUUUGUCGUGUUCACAUUUCAUGGCUAAUGUGCCAGGGUGAAGGAAGUUGUUGUAUUUUGAUUUGGUCCCCACACACGAUUUUUUGUUCUGCACCUGGAAUUUACAGUUGAAGCACAGUAUACUGAGAUUGUUCGUAGAAUGUAAACGAAGGGAAAUUCGUCUUGUGGUACACACAGUAAUGCGGGAAGCAGCACAACAAGCCCUAGCAAUCCUUUCCCUCCCUGUUUCUCUUCUCCUGUGGCAGCAGCCUCUGUUUUCCUUUGAAGAAAGCAGAGUCUUUGCUCCUCUAAAUUAUUGCGGUAGAUGUGAGGGGUCAGUAUGUGGUAUACCCAACUGCUGAGUAUGCAUCAAUUUUACAUUUUUUAUUUUACAUAUACAUAUAUAUAAAAAUAUAUUAUUUUAAGUCUCACUCAUAACAAAUGUAUAAAUUCCCUAAAUACAAUUAGAUAUGUGAAUAAUUUUAAGUUGUUUUAUUUCCUGAACACCCUAUAUAUACCCUGUUAUAUAUAUAUACGUACUACAUCAUAUAUCUUUGGGGUUGCUUGGGCUUGUUGCUUGGUGGUAGUGGGUACCUUUGUUAACGUCUGUUUGUGUGUGUUUGUGUUUUGUUCUGCUUAUGUUACUGUUCUUGCUUUGUGAUGCUACUAACAAUUUAUUACGCGCUCUCAGUGUGCUGUGGGAAACAUGAUACAGUACACAGUAUGUAUUAUGUUGAAGUCUUAUAGUGUGCUGAUUGUUAUUGUUAUUAGAAUAUUUUAGAUGGAAAGCCUGCGCUGUACAGCAUUUCAUAUAGUAUUUGUUAUUUACUGUUAUUCUUAUUGUAUUUAUGCAUUUGUCAGUUCAUCAUAUUGGUGCUUUUAUUUUUUUUUAUAUUAUAUUUGGAAAUGUAUGCAGUUCUUGUUCAUUAACUCAGAACUGCUUUCUUUCUUUAUAUUUUCUUUGCUCUUGAAAGAAACUUUGAAUAUCAAACCAUCCUUGUCUCAAUAAUACUGUAUUUUGUAAUGUUUAAACUAAGUUCUGAAAGAAAAUGGGAUGGUUGCUUAUCUUAGAUGCUUCUUAAUGGUGAUGGGCAGCAUAGUGACUGUUAUAUGCUAUAAAGAGGCUGUAUGUUGAAGGAGUUACGUUCUUUGUCUAUUUUAUGAAUGUAAUUUUAAAAACUGUGGUCUGAAGACUUCUAUGAUGCUCUCUUUGUUCUCACACACUGUAUAAGUUUCUCUAUGUUUAAAGCGACAGCUGUUGCUCAUGAAAGAUCACAGUACACAGCCUUUGGCCAUUUAAAAUAUGAUAUUGCAGUUGAUUUGUUACAGUAUUUUGACUUUUAAAAGUGAAAUGCUUGGUAUCUUUAUUCUUUUUAAAUGAAAGUAAGGUCAUGUUUGUCUUGAGGUAUCGAUAAAUGUAGUAGUGUUGGUACAGUACGUAUGUACUUUGAAUUUUUUUAUUUUGUGGAUAUGCCAAAUAUACUGUCAAAUAUAUUAUGAUACAAUGAACAGUGUGAUACCCAAGUCAAGUAUCAUAUAAAGUACUUUCACUCUGAAAUAUUAAAUAUUGACCACAGUGUAAGUGGAAGGUGGAAGUGCAACAGAUAUUCCUCCGUUUUGCACUUGCAUUUAUUGAGUAAGCAAGAAUAAGUAAUUCAUGCCCUUAGCAGGACAGCUAGACUUUGAAACAGUCGUUACAAGUAAUGUGUACAGUAUAUUGUGAAACCAAUGUAACUAGUUUUGAAAUUUGUCUGCCACAAGUUUAAAUUGAAUCCACAGCCAUUAUUGUCCACCAUGUUAUGUUAAUGAUGCUGAUGUGUACAUCAACUUCAACCUUCCAUCAGAGAAUUAAAAUGCCAUUUAUAGGACUGAACAAGUUGAGAAGGCAGAGUUUUUUCAUGUGUCUGAAUCUCUGUUAUUGUCCAUUUAUUUUGUUAGUUCCUGCUGUGCAUGUUAACCCUCUUACGCCGAAGGGAUAUAAUAAAAAUUGUCUCCGUAUGCCGGGGGGUCUCGGAAUGAGCGCGGAAGCGGAAAAAAUAUUUUUUUCAAAAAAUCACAGCGCGCUUAGUUUUCAAGAUUAAGAGUUCAUUUUUGGCUCCUUUUUUUGUCAUUGCCUGAAGUUUAGUAUGCAACCAUCAGAAGUGAAAAAAAUAUCAUUAUCAUAUAUAAAUAAUGCGAUAUAUGAUAGCGCAAAAACAAAAUUUCAUAUAUAAUUGUAUUCAAAUCGCGCUGUGAGCAAAACGGUUAAAGCUAACGAGUUAAUUUUUGUUGUUGUUGUAUAUAACACAUUGUAAAACGAUCAAAGCAACACAGAGAAGAAAAUAUUAUCACAUAAUGAUGCAUGAAUUCAUAAUGUGCGGAUGUAAAAAAAUGUUUUUUUCAAAAAUUCACCAUAAAUCUAAAUAUUGUUCUACAGACUUCCAAUUUGUUUCAAAAUGAAGAUAAAUGAUUGAUUAUUACUAUACUGUAAGAGUUUUAGCUUACAAUUGCAGUUUUCUACCGUUUCGGAUGAGUUAAAUUUGACUGAAUGUCGAAUUUUUUAAAUAUAUUUUUGUUAUAUGCAAAUAUUUCGAAAAGGAGAAAAGCUACAACCUUCAAUUAUUUUUUUGUUGUAUUUUACAUGAAAUUGCACACAUUUUCAUAUAUAAAACUCUAUGAAACGCCUAAUAUGAAACGGAGCAAAUAUUACGAGAAUGCGAUGUACGCAUUUCGGAGAUUUGCGGCAGAGAAUCCGCGCGCAGAGGGAAGGAAAGUUUUUGUUUUUAAAUUCACCAUAAAUCUAAAUAUUGUGCUAGAGACUUCAAAUUUGUUUCAAAAUGAAGAUAAAUGACUGAAUAUUACUAGACUGUAAAAGUUUUAGCUUACAAUUGAGCUUUAUGACUAUUUCGGUAGAGUCAAACUUGAUCAAAUGUGGUUUUUUUUCUAUUUAUCGUGAUUUAUAUGCAAAUAUUUCGAAAAUGAGAAAAGCUACAACCUUCAAUCAUUUUUUGUUGCAUUCUACAUGAAAUUGUGCACAUUUUCAUAUAUAAAACUUUAUGUAACGGCUAAUUUAAAAUGGUGCAAACAUUAUGACAAUCGCACGAAAAAAUUGAUUGGAAGAGUUACCGCGCGGACGUAAGGAAAAAGUUUUUUUCAUAAAUUCACCAUAAAUCCAAAUAUUGUGCUAGAGACGUCCAAUUUGUUGCAAAAUGAAGGUAAAUGACUGAAUAUUACUAGAAUAUAUGAGUUUUUGCUUACAAUUGCGUUUUUCGACCAUUUCGGUAGAGUCAAAGUUGACCGAAGGUUGAAAUUUUGGCACAUCUUUAUUUAUAUGAAAAUAUUUCAAAACUGAUAAAAGCUACAAUCAUGAGUAUUUUUUGUUGUAUUCUACAUGAAAUUGCACACAUUUUCAUAUAUAAUAUUCCAUGUAACGGCUAAUUUAAAAUGGUGCAAAAUUUAUUUCAAAGUGACGAAAUAAUUUCUGAGAUGUGUCACUGAUACUUUUUAGUGCGAUUAGAAAGAAAUUCGCGCCUGCGUAACGAUUGUAAACAAAACAACGCCUUGAUCCGUGAGCUCCCAGCAUCCCCCAAGGCACGUGAUUUUUCGCCUGGUAGGCCUAUAAGUAUUUUUCCGUGAAUUUUAAACAAACUUUUGUAUGUCGACGUACGAUACGUCCAAUCGGCACCCGACAGACAAUUUAUCUCGAUGUAUAAUACGUCCAAUCGGCAUAAGAGGGUUAAUAGUAUUUUUUUUGGACAAGAUCUUAAGUGGAUAUUAAAGAGAGGAGGUGAGGAAAGCUAAUGAUAAGUGAGGGGUGAAUUUUAUAACUUCUUUUCUGAGGUAUUUACCCAACCUCACAUGAGAGAAAUACCUUACUGUCCCUUCUUUUUUUCUUUUUCAAGUGCUAAUUCAACUACUGAGGGCCAAUGGGCUUUUGUUUGUCCUAAGGACUAGGAGACAUGAUUUGUAGUGCUAGCUAAUUUUAGUCUGCUUUAGCUGAGCCACAAACAGUGAAGUUUUCCAUUGGAGGAAGAGGCUGUAGCAUUUCACCUUGUCUUUCGUAAUAUGUACUAGAUUUGUGCUUUUUGAAAUAGUAAAUUAUGUUGGUCGUAAAAUAUGGUGCAAUUCUAUAACAGCAUUGUCUCACAACCUCAAGUACUAGUUCCCUUGUUCUAUAGAUGGCACUAAAGGUUCUCCAUAGCCCCAGUUACAUUACUUUCUGCCAUGCACUUUUCGUCAUUAUUUUUUAGUAGGGAGCCCUCCAUCAACUAUGUUUCAUUGUAAAUGAUUGCUGGUUCAGUAGCAUUAGCUUCAUAUUAUUUCUCUUAAAGAGGCAGUCUAUAUGUUCCAAAUUCCUCCUCACUAGGUUGAGUAACAAAUUAGGGUGGUACUAUUUUUCUUUUCCUAUGAAGUUGCAAAGAAUGACAAAACACAAUGAUAGGUAAAUGCUACUUUAUUUUUGUCGUCACUACCAUGAUUGAGCAAGUACAGUGUUUCCCCCUUAUUCGCGGGGAAUGCGUACCAGACCCCCGUGAUUAGCUAGAAUCCGCGAAUAGUUGAAACCCUCAUAAAAAACUCAAGAAAAAACUGCUAAAAAUGUUUAUAGUACCUGUUUUUUAAUAGUUUUUUCACAAAAUGUGCUCUUAUGAUAAAA